CUUCUCUGUCUGAUUUUCGAUUUAAAGAAACUUUUUUUUUUACUCUUUAAACAUUGACUAUAUAUUUUAUUUUUUCAUCCAUAUGCUAUGAACAAUAUUGAUGAGCAGCCGUCUUAUACUGACUGCCACGUCGGAGCGAAAUUAAUGUCUGCAGCAUCACCUAAUCCUGAUCCCUCCAAAAGUGAUCAACACGACGAUGACGACGACGACGAUAAUUACGAUCAAUUUCCAGACGCGGCUAUUUGUGAAUGCGGCCGAGUGCUGAGUUCUGGUUGGGAUUGUCCUACAUGUCGCAGGAAUUGUCCUUAUUGCCAUCGAGCUCUGUCUAAUUCACCCGAAGAUUAUUGCGACCGGUGUUACCGUAAAUGCGACCAGCAUGGUCUUUAUCGAAUACAUGAUGCUGCCAUUGGCAUCAACGGUAUCCGACAGUGUCCUCAAUGUGCUCAACACAGUAAAGGGAAGUGAUUCAAUCACAAACAUUUAUCCGCUUUCCCUUCCCCAUUUUCAUUCUCCCCUUAAACCCCGCCCAACGCCAUCAUAAAUAAUAGUUUGAUUCCUUUUUCUUUUUGUAUAUUUUGUUUAUCUCCUCUUAG